AUGGCCGCCGCCGACUUCAUUCGCCCCCACUUGCUGAAGCUCAAGCCUUACACGCCAAUUGAGCCCUUUGAGAUCUUGGCGCAGCGGCUGGGGCGGGAGGCCAAGGACAUCGUCAAGCUGGAUGCAAAUGAGAACCCCUACGGACCGCCGCCCGAGGUGCUGGCGGCGCUGGGCUCAAUGCCCUUCCCAAACAUCUACCCUGAUCCAGAGUCGCGGCGGCUACGUGAGGCGCUGUCCAAGUGGCAUAGUGUGCCAUCAGAGCACCUGCUGGUCGGCUGCGGCGCAGACGAGCUCAUAGACCUGCUGAUGCGGUGCGUGCUAGAUGCCGGCGACAAGAUUGUGGACUGCCCGCCCACAUUCACCAUGUACGUCUUUGACGCGGCAGUCAACAAUGCAAGCGUGGUGACCGUGCCGCGGCUAGAGGGCUUUAGGAUUGAUGUUGAAGCAAUCAAGCGGGCGGUUGCGGAGCACAAGCCCAAGAUGGUAUUUCUCACUUCGCCCAACAACCCCGAUGGCAGCAUGCUGAGCACCGAGGAGCUGCUGGAGGUGCUGCGCCUGCCGGUGCUGGUGGUGCUGGACGAGGCGUACAUCGAGUUCUCAGAGGAGCCCUCCAAGAUGGGCUGGGUGGCGCAGCACCCCAAUCUCGUGGUGCUACGCACUUUCAGCAAGUGCGCAGCGCUGGCGGGGCUCAGAGUGGGCUACGGCGCCUUCCCGCUGGACAUGAUUCAGUACCUCUGGCGCGCCAAGCAGCCGUACAACGUGUCGGUGGCAUCGGAGGUGGCGGCAGUGGCGGCGCUGUCGAACCUGCCCUACAUCGAGCGCGUGCGCGACGCGCUGGUGGCCGAGCGGCAGCGGCUGUUUGAGGGUCUGGGCGGCAUCCCCUACCUCGAGCCCUGCCCCUCCCACUCCAAUUUUGUGCUGUGCAAGGUGGCCAAUGGGCGCGAUGCGCGAGGGCUCAAGGAUGCGCUGGCCCAGCAGCACGGCAUCAUGGUGCGCCACUACAGCACCAAGGAGCUGAACAACUAUGUCCGCGUGUCGGUGGGCCUGCCAGAGCACACAAACAAGUUGCUGGCGGCGCUGCGCACGCUGGCGUGA